AUGAAUAUUUUCUAUUUAACAGCUCUAUUGUUCAUUCUAAAUGUUGUGUAUUUACAGAAUACCGAAGCAUCGUUUCUCUUCAAAUGGUUCUGUUAUUUUAAGCCUAGCAAUCCAUUUUGUCCAAUGUUACACCUUAUAGCGAAUUCAUCGUUAAAAUUUCAUCAAUGCAACGAAAUGAGAAUGAAUAUUCUGUACAUGACAAAUGUCUUGUUCAUUCUAUAUCUCCUAUGGCUACCAUCAACUGACUCCUCACUUUUUUUAUGUUUACUAGGAUUUACCAGUUUUUGUCCAGAUCCAUUUACUCUUUUAAAGAAUUAUAUUAACAAAACACUAACAGCUUAUCUUUCUAAAAUGAAACUACUGUAUUUAGAAUGAAGUUUGUUAUUAAACCUCCAAAAAAUAAUGUUAAUCGUCUCGAGUAUUUCAAA